UCUAAUCUAUCAGAAAAGUCUAGAAUUCCCACCUCUAUUUCCAGUAAACUUCCUCCUCUCAUGCCUUCAUCAAAUCAACUACACAUUUCGAUAGAAUAGUCUCUCUCAGGACUUUUGUCAAACACUUAAUGCGUGUGAACACCCACCCGACACGCACAAACACAUACCAUAUGUAUAGAUCAUAGAAUUGUGGCCUUACAGUUUCUUUCUGCUCCUGCGACUCGUAUCGGCGAUGGAGUUUUUCGAGAAAUCCAAAGCCGUGAAGCUUCGAAGCCACCUGGACAAGUACCUCGUCGCCGACGACGACCAGAUUGAGGUUCGGCAGAGCCGAAACGGGUCUUCGAGGAGAGCGCAGUGGGUUGUGGAAGUGGUGGAAGGGAAGGAACGGUGUGUGAGGUUGAAGAGUUGUCACGGCCGGUACCUGACGGCGUCGGUGAUUCCGUUCUUCCUGGGGAUGACCGGGAACAAGGCGGUUCAGGCGGAUUUCGAACCGGGUUCGCAGGGGAUCCACGAGUGGGAGGUGAUCAGAGACGGGUUUCAGGUGAGGCUGAGGAGCUGCUGCGGUACGUAUCUCAGAGGGAACGGCGGGACGCCGCCGUGGAGGAACUCGAUCACGCACGACGAGCCGUAUGCCUCUGCCACUCAGAAUUGGAUUCUGUGGGAUGUGGAGAACGUGAAAUUGCUCGACGAUUUCGAUUCCUUCUCGUCAUCUGUUUCCGAUGACCACUGUGCCUGGGAGCCACCAUCUCCGAUGUCCAUCAUCUCCGUGCAGUCGCCGAUGAAGAGUUCCAAGUUUCAGAAAAAUUCCAUUAAGUUCAUAAGCGGCAUGGAUUUCUUCCAGAACGCAAAGGCGGUGCGGCUCCGGAGCCACCACGAUAAGUACCUGCUCGCGGAGGAAGAUGAAGAGUCGGUGACGCAAGACCGAAACGGGUCGUCCAAGAACGCCCGAUGGGUCGUGGAGCCUGUACCCGGAUACGACUUCGUGAUCCGCCUCAAGAGCUGCUAUGGGAAAUACCUCACCGCAUCAAACCAGCCCUUGUUGCUGGGCGUAACGGGUCGGAAGGUGAUCCAGACUCAGCCGGGGAGGCUCGAUUCGUCCAUAGAGUGGGAACCCGUCAAAGACGGGUCCCGGGUCAAGCUCAAGACCCGGUAUGGGAAUUUUCUCAGGGCCAAUGGAGGGUUGCCACCUUGGCGAAACUCCGUGACGCACGAUAUACCUUAUAGAACUGUCACACAGGAUUGGAUCCUCUGGGAUGUGGAUGUUGUAGAGAUCCAUGUUCAGUCUCCCCCGAGUCAGAAUCCCUCGGCUCCACCAUUGCCUCAUUCCGAUUCUCUCGAUCUACCCUACACCAAAUCUCUCAAAUUUUCCAGGCAAGAGUCGGGGGAUUCAAAUGUGAGUUCGCCGCGGAAGGCGGAGGGGCGAAUCAUAUACUAUCAUGUUGCUGAAGAAGAUGGUUCAGUGGAAGAUGAAGGAGUUCAAGGGUAUUCUCUGGUUUUCAAAGGGAAUGGAGUGGAAGAACUGACUCGUAAAAUUACGGAAGAGACGGGGCUCGAGGGUAUAAUAGUGUGUUGUCGUAGUCCUUUGAAUGGAAAACUUUAUCCUCUUCGCUUGGAUCUUCCUCCGAACAAUGUCACCAUGCAGGUCGUUCUGGUUCUUCCUUCUUCAACAGUGGCACGGGAAUUUGAGGAACAGGGUUUGCUGUGAGACGCCUUAAAUUAUUGUAAUUUUGAAUCCAUUCAAAUGCAAAGAUCUCUGUACAUAUUAAUCCAAGCCGAUUCGAAGUCUCUGUGGAAGCAUUUUGGACUGUGUUGCGAAGCGGCUUCAACGGAGGUACCUUGGUCAUAGAGGUCAUGAUAUGAUGAUAUCAAUACAUAUAUUUCAUAUUAUUGUAAAUAUUCCGAUACUGAAUUUAUGUUAAGGCUCAAUCUAGUGGGUGUAGUUUUAAAAUGCCUAGUCUUUCUCGUAGAUGCAGGAACUUCAAUUUUAAGUGGUUUGGAAAAUUUCUUGUUUUUUUUUAAAUUAUAAAUAUUUAAGAGUUGUAUUUAAAAUUUUAUUUGAGAGAGUCGAAGGCUGAUUUUUUAUUACCAAAUAUAAAAUUUUAAGUUUUGUAGCAUUUUCAAUUAA